AUCGUGGCAAUCGGCUAUUAGCUAGUCUCAUAACCCAUGGUUAACGGUACAUCUUUUACUAAACCCUUACGGUAUAAAAGCAGGCGCCCAGAUACAAUUGAUCUCCCUCGCAUUUCUGUUCUUCUGUGCUGUUGCAGCGAGGAGAGCCUCUUGCGUGUGCAAAAUUCGUAUCUAUACAUUGCAUAAUGGAGGUUCUUCGUUUCACUCCUUCACAAUCUCCUCUCAUUCGCACCAAAUUUGUCGGCAAUGACGCUGUCAACACUUCCGCUCGGAGCUCCCGCUUGAGGCCGUUUGUUUGUGCCACCCUGUACAAACCGGUGGCGGAGAAUCUGCCAUUGGUCGAGAAGCUUCCUAGGGUUGAGCCGUUGGCUCCACCACUGAAUGAGGUGGUGGAGAAGCCUUUGCUGAGAGUUUCAGCGAGUUCUCUGCAGUGCGAGAGCGGGUAUUUGGUACCCAAUGAGAAUCCGGGUGACGGUGCUGUCAGUAACGGUACGUUGAAUGCGAUGGAAUAUCUGACGAAUAUUCUGUCGUCUAAGGUGUAUGAUGUGGCGUACGAGUCGCCAUUUCAGCUAGCGAGCAAGAUGUCGGAGAGGUGGGGUGUCAACGUCUGGCUCAAAAGAGAGGACUUGCAGCCUGUUUUUUCAUUCAAGCUUCGAGGGGCUUAUAAUAUGAUGGCAAAGCUUCCAAAGGAACAACUUGAAAGAGGAGUAAUAUAA